GUGCUUUUCUUCUUCUUCUUCUUCCUCAUUCGCUUUAAGAUUUUCAAAACGACGUUGCCACCACUAAUACUGCGCGCACGCUCACAGCUCUGAACCAAACAAUGCGCCGGCGGUGCGCAUGGAGAUAACGUACGCAUCGCCAAGCUUCGCCAACCUCGCCACCAUGCCGACCACCGGUUCUCGCACCGUCAGGGUAAUCCCCCUUCAGCACCCCACCGCCACCGCGUCGCCAUCGUCGUCGCCGAAUGCCGUGAUCUCCGAGUGGACCUCGAAGCUCCGGCGAAUGACGUGGCUCCACUGGAUCGAGUUCUUCCUCCCUUGCUCCCGCUGGAUUCGCACCUACAAAUGGCGUGACUACCUCCAGACCGAUGUCAUGGCCGGCGUUACCGUCGGCGUCAUGCUUGUUCCUCAGUCGAUGUCAUAUGCAAAAUUAGCUGGGCUUCAACCGAUAUAUGGACUCUACUCUGCUUUUGUGCCCAUAUUUGUGUAUGCCGUAUUUGGGUCUUCUCGCCAGCUUGCAGUUGGCCCCGUGGCAUUGGUUUCUCUCUUGGUCUCCAAUGUGCUAAGUAGCGUAGCUGAUUCAUCCAGUGAAUUAUACACAGAGUUGGCAUUAUUAUUGUCUCUUAUGGUUGGGAUACUGGAGUGCACAAUGGGACUCUUGAGGCUCGGAUGGCUGCUUCGUUUCAUUAGCCAUUCGGUAAUUUCUGGUUUUACAACUGCGUCAGCUAUUGUGAUUGGUUUAUCUCAAGCAAAAUACUUCUUGGGGUAUGAUAUAGUGGGAAGUAGCAAGAUCAUACCACUGAUUAAAAGUAUAAUAGAUGGAGCAGAUAAGUUCUCAUGGCCCCCUUUUCUGAUGGGAUCAGUUAUGCUUGCAAUACUACUUGUCAUGAAACACCUGGGAAAAUCGAGGAAGUACUUGCGAUUCUUGAGAGCUAUGGGUCCUCUUACAGCAGUUGUUCUGGGAACACUUUUUGCAAAAAUAUUUCAUCCAUCAUCAAUUUCUUUGGUCGGAGAUAUACCUCAGGGUCUACCAAGCUUUAACGUUCCUAAAGCUUUUGAGUAUGCAGAGUCCUUAAUUCCAACUGCUUUUCUUAUAACAGGCGUGGCAAUACUGGAAUCUGUAGGAAUUGCAAAGGCAUUAGCAGCAAAGAAUGGUUAUGAGUUGGAUUCAAACCAAGAGUUGUUUGGUCUUGGCGUUUCCAAUGUUCUUGGUUCAUUCUUUUCAGCAUACCCCACAACAGGAUCCUUUUCAAGAUCAGCUGUUAAUCAUGAAAGUGGUGCAAAAUCUGGAGUGUCUGGGAUAGUUUCAGGAAUUAUAAUAACCUGUGCACUCUUGUUUCUAACGCCAUUAUUUGAGUACAUACCUCAGUGUGCUCUUGCUGCCAUUGUGAUCUCUGCUGUGAUAGGUCUGGUAGAUUAUGAUGAGGCCAUUUUUUUGUGGCGUGUAGAUAAGAAAGAUUUUCUUCUUUGGACCAUUACUAGCACUACAACGUUAUUCCUUGGUAUUGAGAUUGGUGUACUUGUUGGGGUUGGGGUGUCACUUGCUUUUGUCAUUCAUGAGUCAGCAAAUCCACACAUUGCUGUUUUGGGUCGUUUGCCUGGGACAACUGUUUAUAGAAAUAUUAAACAAUAUCCCGAAGCAUAUACAUACAAUGGAAUCGUAGUUGUUCGUAUUGACGCUCCUAUUUAUUUUGCAAACACAAGUUACAUAAAGGACAGGUUGCGGGAAUAUGAACUUGAUGUUGAUAGUUCUACAGGACGUGGACCUGAGGUUGAAAGAAUUUAUUUUGUGAUCAUAGAGAUGGCGCCUGUGACCUACAUAGAUUCUAGCGCAGUUCAGGCUUUGAAAGACUUGUAUCAGGAGUACAAAUUACGGGAUAUUCAGAUUGCAAUAUCCAAUCCAAACCCAGAAGUUCUGGUUACCUUGUCUAGAUCCGGUGUGGUGGAGUUGAUAGGCAAAGAAUGGUACUUUGUGAGAGUACAUGAUGCUGUUCAAGUUUGCUUACAGCAUGUUCAAAGCUUGAAAUCUGGAUCUAGCAGUCCACAAUCACGUCUCUCUUUCUCUUCAGCUACGGACUUGGAGUCUGGUACUGGCAGGCUUUCACUCUCCAGGGACAGAGAUUCCCCAUUGGAGCCAUUGUUGUCAAAAGAUCGUUGAAGAGCGCUGUGUAUUGUACAGUAAUUGAAAGUGUAUUUUAGCCAUUCUUUCUGAUAUUUUUGUAAUGAAAAGAUGAAAUUCAGUGUAAUCAAGCUUGUGUUCAAAAAUAUUGUCUGUAAUAUUUGAUUGGCCUGUAUUUGUAAGAUGUACUGAAUGGAAUUUUAAGGAAGAAACCUUCUUCAAGUAGAUAUUUAGAUUGAUAAUGAUUUGCCCUGUACAGAUAGCCUUUAGAUAUUUUAUAUGUUAAUUAUCCCUACAUGACAAA